ACACUCGCCAGUCGUGUGUCCCCACCAACUAGCGCCGCAGCGGAGCCCAACCUGCCCACCGCAACCAUGUCGGCGGCGCCCGAAACUGCCGUUUCGCCGGCGCCGCAGCCGGAGCCGCCAUCGGAUCCGCCCGCCGUCGCCGACGCCGCCCAUUCCAACCCUCCCCCCAUGGAGGUCGAUACGCAAACCCUAGCCGAGCCUCAGCCCCAGCCACAACCCAACCCCCCGUCCCCACCUCCUUCCGGGGAGGACGACGACGUGGUGGCUGUCUCCGGUGCUUCGGUUGGUGGCGACGCGGCGGAUUCCGCAGCGGCGUCGGCGGCGGCUACCGCGACCGCGGAGGAGAGGGUGAGGGGGCCUUGGUCCCCGGAGGAGGACACGGUGCUGAGCAACCUGGUGGAGAAGCUCGGGGCGCGGAACUGGACUCUGAUCGCGCGCGGAAUCCCGGGCCGCUCCGGCAAGUCCUGCCGCCUGCGCUGGUGCAACCAACUCGACCCCCAAGUCAAGCGCAAGCCUUUCACCGAAGAGGAGGACCGGAUUAUAAUUGCUGCUCAUGCUAUCCAUGGGAACAAGUGGGCAUGUAUCGCAAAGCUUUUGGAUGGGAGAACCGACAAUGCUAUCAAGAACCACUGGAAUUCCACUCUGAGGCGUCGAUACUGCAACGAUGGUAGAUGCAAACAUGGUGGUUCUGUGGAGAGAAGUACCCCUGAGGUGUCCAGGGCAGUUUCAAAAGAACCUUGGCCUUCAAAGGAUCUUAGUUCCUUCACCGCUAUGGAUGUAAGGGAUGCUCCUGUGAAAACAGUUCCAGAAACAUCUGCUGGGGCAUGGCACGUCGCAGAUCAGUAUUAUAGUACCCAAGCUGUUGAUCCACCCUACCUGUCCCGACCAGCUGCAAAGAUUGGUGCUUUCAGACCGUACAAUCCAGGAAAUGCAGAACCUACCCAACAGGAAACACCAAGUUCUGUCUUCAAGUUUGACUCAACUCUUAAAGCUCUGACUCCUGAAAGUGAGGUAUUCAAGUUUGCUGAUCCUACAUACUUUGCUGCUGAGGUUCCAAACAAAUGUGGGCAUGGUUGCUGCACCACCCACGGGCGGCCUCGAAAGAACUCCUUGCUGGGUCCUGAGUUCAAUGAGUUUGAAGAUCAUCCACCAAUUUUAAAUAGUAGUUUUGCUUCAUUGGUAUCAGAAAUUAGCAGCAUUGCCUGGAUGAGAAGUGGUAUGCAAAGCGGUGAUGCCAGUAGCUUAUUGCAGUCAGCUCCGCCAGGUGCCAGCCUGACAAAUUAGGAUCUUAUGAACACCCAUGCUGGAAUAUUGCAGUUAUUUUGUUAGAUUCAGAUAUAACGAUGUUAAGUCAUUAAUUAUAGUUCUGAGGUUCACCGUCGAUAUAUUACUGUCCAUGUGCUUUUGUGGGCAUUACUGUAUAUUUAUUUUGGUGCUUCCACCAUAAUACUGCUGUGUUAGUCUAAAUUAGGUACUUUACUGGGUUGCUCGUGGAUGUGCUGCUUAAGUUAUUGGGCAUGUUUAGUUAUUUACUGCAGUAUAGAAAAAAAUACAUGCCAUUUAUUUCAUGUUUA